ACCAUUUGACAUUUUCACCCAAAGCAAAACCUGCAUCGAACCGAAUUCACUUGCUCGCAUCGGAGAUUUACGUAAAUAAAAAUGUCCGCACCGACCAAUGCGGCACUGGCCCACACGCGCCGGGUUUGCACGCUGUACAAGAAGUCCUUGCGCAACCUAGAAUCAUGGUUCGAUAGAAGACACAUCUUCCGCUACCAGGCUACUCUGAUGCGAGCGCGUUUCGAUCAGCACCGGAACGAGAAGGACCCGGCCAAGGUGGCCCAGCUGGUGGCCGAUGGCGAACGAGAAUUGUUCGAAAAGCAGCACUACCAACCGAAGAAGUUCCCCAUGUCACCGGGCGGUGUCGCAUUCGAGCGUGAAGUGAUUCCUCCGGACUGGGUACUCGACUACUGGCACCCGUUGGAAAAGGCACAGUUCCCCGACUACUUUGCGCGGCGUGAAAAGCGCAAGGAGGAGUACGUCGUCUGGUGGGAAAAGCAGUACGGCAAAUCGUCGGCCAACGAUUCCUCUUCCCACCAUUAAAGUGGCGCGAGUGAUCAGCAGAAACAGAAUCGAUCAUUUGUGCAAGAGUUAGCUUAAACAGAGGGUAGAAGAAAUCGGAACGGUGUGAAUACGAUUGUUAAAACAACAGGUACGAUUUGCUUCUCGUC